CUGACUUACGUCAGUGUGGGUGUUUCGGUUUCAGUGUGGCGGCCAUUAUACUACGUUUAAUUAUUUAGUUUUUUUGCUGUUUAGUGCUUUACCAAACAAAGAACUUGAAUAUUUUAGAUAUAUUCUCUAAAGCCAUACUUUUGGACAAAAUACGUUUAUAGUACAAAUAUGAAUCCAGAAUACGACUAUCUGUUCAAGCUGCUCCUUAUCGGAGACUCCGGAGUGGGCAAGUCCUGUCUCCUACUCAGAUUUGCCGAUGACACAUACACAGAAAGCUACAUCAGUACUAUUGGUGUGGACUUCAAAAUUAGGACUGUAGAAUUAGACGGCAAGACAAUAAAGCUACAAAUAUGGGACACGGCAGGUCAAGAGCGGUUUAGGACCAUUACCUCGUCAUACUACAGAGGAGCACAUGGCAUUAUUAUUGUCUACGACUGCACAGAUCAGGAUUCGUUCAGCAACGUGAAGCAGUGGCUUGAAGAGAUCGACCGCUACGCGUGCGACAACGUCAAUAAGCUGCUAGUCGGCAACAAGUGUGAUCUCACCACCAAGAAAGUGGUCGAUUACACCACGGCCAAUCAAUACGCGGAGCAGCUCGGCAUCCCGUUCCUGGAGACGUCGGCCAAGAACUCGACCAACGUGGAGCAAGCCUUCAUGACCAUGGCGGCCGAGAUCAAGGCGCGCGUCGGCCCGCCCUCCGCCGGCGCCGCGCCCGCCGGCGCCGCCGUCAAGAUCGAGCAGGGCCGCCCCAUCGACACCGGCAAGUCCUCGUGCUGCUGAACACCACACCGGCACAGCUGGGCUGGCUUGGCUCGGGCGCUGUGCGAUGCGCCGGCCGCACCACACAUAACAAAUGCAAUUACCACAAAUCGUUUCAUCGCAUCGUUAAUUAUAUAAACUAAUAUAGUGCCCGACCGGCGGCGGCACAGUACGUAAAAGGUAAUAAAAUAAUAAAUACACUUGUACAAUCGACAACAAUAUUUGCUCCAACAUGUUUCCUGGCCGGGAAAUAGGGCAUAAUAAAUAAGUAAUUAAAAUCAAUUUAAUAAAUAACGUUCAGCAUUUUAAAUCUAUUUCUAUGUGCUCUAAAAUUCGAUUUAUGCUUGUCUCAUUUAUUAAGUUUUCUAACCUUAAAAUUUACAUUACUAAAAUUGCUAUUAUAUUGUGAAUAAAUGUUUUAUUUACAAGGAAAUAGAUUUUUAGUAUAGUAAAAUAUAAGGUUAGAAAAUUGUUUUGAUAAGAUAAAUAUACUUAUCACUACCAUCUGAAUGAAUGAAAUACUGUCAAAGACCCGAAUGAUUCACGAUCCAAAACCGCACCAAGCACCAACUAAUGUUAAAAUUUCCACCAGUGUAUAGUUGGUUCCCUGAACUGUCAAGUUGAACACACAAAUUAUCUAGAAGCAAGAAUACCAUAGAGAUGUCAUAAUACCAAGCCCGAACGAGAUGGCCUUAUGGAACUUUCAGCAGGAGUAGCAGGAAAAGCGCUAUUAUCGUUUAUCUUUCUUAUAGUUCAGCUAAGAAAUCCCACGUGCAACGUCAAAACGGUAGGUGUCUGAGGGCCUACCGCGAACACCGAAGUUCGCUAAUUGCGGUUAUCUUUCUCUGUCACUCUAAUUAUUACUCCUUAAUUGAAGUAAAAGAGAAAGAUGCCCGCAAUAUGCGUACUUCUGUGUUUGCCGUACGCCCUCUGGUGUUCCACACCAAAGCUUGGCGGGCAACAACUUAACUAAAUUGUGUAGGUAUUGGUAUGUUGUCAGCAAUGUUAAAUUCUUAUUACGUGUGUUUUGUCCCACACGGACGCACGCAUAUAGCAAUUCUAUGGUAUAAUUGCUUUUAGCAAAAUAUCUCUGAGAAAAGCGCCAUCUAUCGGUAGUGUCAAGCGUUAUAGACGAGUCAAAUAAGUGUUUAUACCCGUACUGUGCCGCGUGUGGUAUAUAAAUAAGCUGACUUAAGUUGCUAUGUCCGAAUAUCUUGAUAGUUAAAGGGAACGAAAUGGAUGGGUGUAUGUUUAUACAUGUUUAUAUAUAAUGAAUAUCGUAGGUUAAUUUUGUGCUGUAUCCGCGAGGUCAAGAUUUCAACUUAGGUCAAAUUUGUAUGUGAGGGCUCGUUUUGUAUGUUCUAAUGUUAGUGUUAGAUGUGGGGGAGGUAAAUAGUUUUUUUACACAGUGAUGUUCAGAAUUGCAUAGCUAGUUGCACAGACGCUUGCUGGUACUGUCGCCAUCAGAUAUAUCAAAGCGGCUCAGGGGUUCAAAAAUUAUUGAACAUUCACUCUAUCGCCUCGACAAUAGUGUGUUCAGAUAUUUUUGAGCACCUCGGCCGCUCCGAUAUACAGGUGGCUAAAAAAGAAGUGCAUUUCCAUUGCCAGGGAGGUUUUGGGAUUAUACUGAGCAACUUUUACUAUGGGACCAAGCAUGAAAUCGCGAAAAAAAAAUUACCCUCUCAUAGAAAAUGGACCAGCCAAAAUGUAUGAAACAGGCAAAUUUUCUUCGCGAUUUCGGGGUUGGUACCAUAGUAAAAGUUGCUCAGUAUAAUCCCAAAACCUCCCUGGCUAACACUUGACAAUAUGUUCAGAUUUUUGUGAGUAUCUUGGGCGAUCUGAUGUAUAUGAUGGCCACUGGACAUAAAAUGCUAAUUGUUUGCAAGUGAUCAUCAAUCAUUAAAGAUAUUUAUUGAAUCAGUAAUCAUUAAAAUAAAAUACGAUUUAAACUCACGUGUUUCGUGAAAUGUUUCGGAGAGUCUUAAGUCUCCUUUCUCAAUUUUCGCGCGAGUGAAUAAAAACAAGUAAAUAUCGAUUUCCCAUACAAACAUCGUCCCCCCUUCUCACCCCCUUAAAGGACGAUUCCUGGGAUAAAAACUACCCUAUGUCCUUCCCCGGGAUUCAAACUAUCUCCAUACCAAAUUUCAACUAAAUCGGUUCAGCGGUUUAAGCGUGAAGAGGUAGCAGACAGACACACUUUCGCAUUUAUAAUAAUUAGUAUGGAUUGCACCAAUAAUUAUACAUUUUAUUUUCCAGGCAACAAGUGAGUCUAAAUCGUAAAAUUAUUUAAUAUUGAAUCAAUCCACAUGAAUGUCACACGCCUAUCGUACGGCGCGUUAUACUGAACCUUGUCGCGAUGCAGGAAGGUUGAUAUUGGGCUGAAGCCGCGCGUCAGUUGCGUCUUUGGCGUUGAAAUUGUUUUAAAGGUGCUCCAAAAUGGCAGAUUGUCAUAAAGAUUGUAAAGGUCCCCGGGAAGCUCGGUUCUCCAUACAAACGUAGUUACGCUAUCAUUUUAAAAUGACUAGCUAGAUUGCUCUGAAACUAUACUUACAAUAGGAUAAGGUUUAUCUAUGUCUGUAAUACCAUAGUAAAAAAAAUACAGCGAAGUUUUUCAUAGAAAACUUGUUUUUGCUCUAUUUCGUUUGUUUUAUAAACUGGAGCUAUAUAAGCUUAUUACAGACCUAGAUAUACCUCAUGUCAUUGUAUAUGCAAAGUUUCAUUAGAAUCCAACACGUAGUUUUAAAAUAGGAACGAAACUCCGUUUGUAUGAGAAGGUGAAAUUCGGCCGAACUUGCCGGGGACUUUUAAUUGCCUAUGGCUUGAUUUUUAAGAGAACACAAUAUCACUGCUGUAAAAGCGUUAUUUACCUUCAGGUUCGAAUUCACACAAAUCAACAACUAGAUGUUAACAAUGAUUUCAUCAACAUUGUAAUGUGUGAUCACAUACAAUCAUGAAUCUUCUAUCGAAAAUAUUGAUAGUAGACCAAGAUAAGUCUGCAGCGAUUUUGAUAGCGCAGACUGCAAGUGUCAUACUUCUACGGAAUUAUGACGUAUAAAAUAACACUUGCACAGUUCGCUGUCAAAAUCGUUGCAGAGUUAUCUUGGUCUAACUCUAUCUUAUGUUGACGCAUACCGACUGAAAAAUCCAUAUAGGUACGUCAAAUUCCAAUAUGACUGUUAUAUAUGGUAGCACUGCCAUAAUUUUUCGAUGCCGCAGCGAUUGUUAUCUGAGACGGAGUCUUCAUGUCGAUAUAUUUGUAAGAUCAAUGGUGGUAAAGUAAGGAUGCUAACCACGAAAAAUUUCGUACAUCGACCCGUAUGUUCCUAUCUCUAUCGCACGCGCAUAAUUAUAUUGCUGUCUCGCUCGCACAUUGGCAUUGACCGACGCAAUAAUUAAUUAUGCGCGUGCGAUGGAGAUAGGAACAGGCGGGUCAAUGUACGAGAUUCUUUCUUGCUUUAACUUGUAGAUUUGUGUGCCGUCGAACAAGUAUCAUUCGAGCUAGCUAGCAGCGAUCUAGUUAUAUAAGUCUAUACUUAUCUGGCCCGUCCGAAGGGCCGUUUCGUUUAUACCCGCUGAUUUCACUGAGGUACUAAUUUUAUACGCACUGUGUUUAAUACAAGACCGAGCUGUGUUGAAUUUUGUGUUCAAAUAUAUGUUUAACACAAAAUUGUAGAUAUAGCGUUAUGGCCUUAGAAACGAUAUUAGCAUCCGUAGGCAGAGGGGAUAUAGUAUUAAAAGACAUUACAUAUAUCAUCGCCCACACUGUUAACUGACAGUUCUUAAACUUUAUUACAAAGGGCAUAAGGUCCAUCGAUGGACAGUUAUAGUCUGCAUCUUCGCAAAUGAUUUUUACUUCUAAGACCUAAAGUCUUAGACGUAAAAAUCAUUUUAGAAGAUGCAGACUAUAAGUGGAGCUGUUUGUACAGCAGUGUGAUAGUUUUAAAAUUAAAUGUGACGUUUUCAACUACAAGGUACCACAUUGUCGCUUGUUGAUAUAUGGUUGAUUUCUAAAGCUAUAUGGAAAUAGCACCUUACUGACAAGCGACAAUAAGUACUCUUUUGGUUGAAAAUGGUACAAAUGGUUUUUUAUUCUAAACGCCAGAAUGAAUUAUGAUUUCGUCCUUUUAUUUAAAGUAAUUAAAGUAUUAUAUUAUCGCUGGUGUUUAAAAUGAUGGGCCGCUAAUUUAUUUUUUAAAUCUAUAGCUGACUCAUUUAUGUGGUUAUUUUUCUACAUCAGUUAGUUAACCAAAUCAAGCGCUGACCCACUGUAAUUCUGUAUGAGGGUUCUUAGAAAUUAAAACAGUAUGCUAAUAAA